UCAGAAAAGUGUGGGAGUUGCAAAUGUUGUUUUCUGCAAAUUCCCUGUUGAAAGUAGGCAUAGUUAUCACCGAAGGUGUUGUCUUUUUUGUGGAUUCAGUCGAUUCUCUUGCUGAGAGUUCUCUGCCAACUUAUGAUGAGCAAAUCAAAGGAAGCCGAAGCUUCAGCUGCUGUGCUUGGUUAUCUGAACCGACAGAACAGGCCUUACAGUGCUAAUGACAUCUUCAAUAAUCUUCAUAAAGAAUUUGGCAAAACUGCUGUUGAAAAAUGUCUCGAGUCUAUGGCGGACGAUGGCAAAAUCAAGAGGAAGUUGAACGGGAAGCAGAAAGUGUAUGCUGCCGAUCAGACACAAUUUCCAUCAGCUGAUGAGGCUGAACUGCACGCGAUGGAUGAGGAGAUAAGUCAACUCCAGCAACAAGUGAAGAGUGCCACAGAUGAGUACAGGAAACUAGACAAAGAACUUCAUCUGUUCAACAGUGCAAUAUCAACAGAAGAUGCCCAACAGCAAUUAGAGGAGGUCACUAAGGUCAUAGCAGCCAAGAAGACCAAGUUGAAGGAUAUAAAAUCUGCCGGCAAUGUUAUCUCUCCAAAGGAGAAGGAACAGAUCACUAAAUUUUGGGAGAAAAAUGUAAAAGAGUGGAGAAAACGAAAGCGUAUGACUAAUGACAUCUUAAAUGCUGUCCUGGAAGGCUACCCCAAGAAGAAGAAAGAUCUGUAUGAGGACAUCGGGAUAGAGACUGAUGAGGACUGUAAAGUAACACCGCCUGAGCUCUAAUACAGAGAGAGACACUGUAAUCUCUUUCAGUUGUUAAAAGGACUAUGUCAGAUUCAGUCGGAGUCGACGUAACGUUUGUGCUACUGUGUAAAUACUGUGCCACAGUGCCUGCAGUAAACUACCAAGAACUAUGCUCAAACUGUCUUGCUGCAAAGCAAAACAUCAUCAUCUUAUAAAAAGAAAACCAGCAUCUUUAAACUGGUGAAGCUUUAGGAUUUUGGUUCUCUCUCUCUCUGUAAGGACCUUUCAUUGAAAACAAUUUGCUUGGACGCUUGGAGUGACAGGGUGGUAGUUGAAGUAUUUUCUGCUUGCUGUCAAGAACGGAGGCAGGGUUGCGUGUCGAGGUGUUCAUUUGGUAUCUCAGCCUGAUUAAUAACAUCCUUUUCAUCAGAAAGUCGGACGCUAGCAUUUUGGCAAUUGUGUUUUGUAUGGCAUGUCUCGUAAUCAAUUUAGCAACAUCCGUUGAAGAAUCGUUUAUUUGAUUAUGUUUUAAAGCAGUCCAUAUCGG